AUGGUGGUACCAGGUUCUCGGGAUAAGCAUAUAAAGCGCACACAAAAUGGUACAAAAACCACAAAACACCACCGAUGGGAGCCCUUCUCCCAGCGCAUCGCAAAGCUCAAAAUCGACCCGAUCCACCGAGUGCGCCGUGCCAGUUUUGGUGAAGAUGAAGGCGAGACCACAUCUUACUUCCGGUCCGCCCUUGACCACUGGGUGGACAUGAACCUUUCAGAAAAUUUCUCAACAUUCUACCGCCGCGUCAAUUCCCUCUCCGAGAGCCUCGCCCAGAUCGUUUACCAUGAAGAGAAGAUUAUGGGUCUACUGGUGGAGUUCAUUGAAAAGAAUGAUGAGCACUCUAUGGAGCCGUUAUUGAGUUUGCUUGCUCAGUUUGCCAGAGACUUGGGAGUUCGAUUUGAGAAGCAUUUCGCAGCAUCCGUGACUUUGGUGGCAUCCGUUGCUGCAAAGCAUGCCGACGUCGAAGUCGUCGAGUGGGCCUUUACCUGUCUAGCAUGGAUCUUCAAGUUUUUGUCCCGCCUUUUGGUGCCGGACUUGCGACAGCUGCUAAGCAUUAUGACACCUUAUCUCGGCAAGGAACGCCAAAAGCCGUUCGUGGCUCGAUUCGCCGCCGAGUCUAUGUCUUUCCUUAUCCGCAAAGCAGGUCUCGUUUACUACAAAAAUAAAGCGCCACUCGAGAAUGCUCUUUCCUACCUCUACGACGAUAUCUCCACAACGGCAGAAGAAGGGAAGGAUGUCGAGAACUACAAGGAGGGAUUGAUGGUCAUGUUCUCUGAUGCCAUAAAGGGUGUGAACAAUGGUCUUCAUUCAAAUGGAAUGGACGUCCUUCGCUGCGUAUUGGACCAGAUCCCUCCAUCUGAUGAGAACCGUAACUGCCCAGCACAGGUUGCGUACGGAGUGGUGACCAACCUUAUUCACCACACCACACCCGAGACAUUCGGUCCUAUUCUUGACGUGGUCCGAGAAUUUAUUGAAUCUCGCUCACAGGGCCCAGAGAACCCCAACAUCCCAGAGUGCUGUCACUUAAUGCUUAUUUGUGUCGCAACCCGCAAGGGUGUCCGAGUUCGAGACUGGAAGUCUGUGCAUCAGACUCUGGUAUCACUUCUACAGCAGGUGUCCAAGAAGUCCGAGAAAUAUUCAAAAUCAUCCCUUCAGCUUCUGACAGCUGUCGCCUAUGCUCUACAAAUCUCUCCCAUGGAUGACAUGCUUCGAUUCGUGCGCCCUUAUAUGGAUCUGGUAUCUACAGGACCCCUCUCGAAAUACUUUUUGUUCUUCUGCACCACCUUCUCAGAAUGGGGAUCCGAGCGCUUCCAGAGUCUACUGCUUCCUCAUUUCCAGAAAUUCAUCGCCACUUCCUGGCAGGAGCGAGAGUGGGAAACAUGCUUGACCCUACUCCGACUGAACCAGGCCGGUUGCAUUACACCGGAGGCCUCGAAGCCUGGGUACGUUUCAUGCCCAGAUGCAUUGAAGAUUCGUAUAUUUGCGUCUUUAGUGUACCCUUCGACCGAUGAGUUUGGGUUGAAUGCCUUCGUGAAAAUCUCAAAGGCUAUCUCAAUGUUCGGUGACUCUACUGCACGCUCGGAAAUUGUGAAAAAGCUGCAUGGAAACUUGAGGUCUGCUUUCAGUGAUGCUUCUAAGACAGAAAAUGAAGCCGAUGCAUCAUUAUUCUAUCUUGGUCAAGGUUUCAAAACUUAUGUCGAAUUGGCCACCCAGUCUGGAGAACUUGAUCUUACUCUCUGGGAACCUAUCCUGACAGUCUCGACCAAAUUCUCACGACUAUCUCUAUUCCUGGAGGGUGUGCUUGAGUUCAUUUCUUCUGCCCCAAGCACAUCAGAUUUGGAAACCCCUGCAGUGGACGGAUUUGCCAACAGCUUGAUCCUCAACCUGGCAAGUCCCUCGCACAGAUUGAGACUCGUGUCUCUACAAAUACUGCGCGAGCUGGUUACUCGCAUUAAUAAGGAUGAUCCUUCGCCGGUUUCAUUGGCCAUCGAGGUUGAAGAGAGUGCUUUGACACUGCAGAGUGCCCGAACUCUUUCAAUGCAUGUGCGCAAGUUGGCGAUUCUUUAUCCCCAGAUUGUUUCUCGCAAGUGGAUGGCCACUCUGAUUCCAUACUUCUGUUUUGGUCUGUUUUCCAAAAAGCUGACUCCUCUCUGGGAAGAUUCUGCUGCCGCUUUGAAAGCUAUCAGUGAACACCCCGAAGGUGAGAAAAUUGUUUCAGAUUUGUCCAUUCAGUGGCUGCAGGAGCGGGACUCUGGCACCACCGAGGAAGAUUCUGAAGAAGAGCCGGAUGAUAACCACCUUGCCGGUCACUUCGUGUGCUACAAUGUUGGAAAGGUGGAAAGUGUUCUCACAGCCAACUUGAAGACCGUAGAAGAUCCAACUGCAAUCCUGUCUCAGCAGUUCGAGAAGGACCACAAAAAGGCGGAUCUUCUUCCUGCUCUGCCCCGCAGCCACGCACUGCUUGUUUUGAAUACUGUUCCGAACAUUGCAGAGAAGCGCUCCAGACAGAUUGUGCCCCUGUUCUUGAGCUGGGCAUUGCGUGAUGAUCAGGACGACCUUCCCGCCAGUAAUGACCACGACAGCAAGUCUGAAAGUGUCCCAGUCAAAUGGGGUUUCAAGGACCGACUAUCCAUGCUCGGUCUGUUUGGGCAAUUCCUGAACCCUAUAGUCCUCUUCAGAGCUCCCGAGGUCCACGAGGCUGUCUUGAGUCUGUUGUGUCACGGUAACUCGGAGAUUCAGAAAGCUGCUCUCAAUGUACUUUUCACCUGGAAAAAUUCCCAUGUCUUACCAUACAAGGAGAAUCUGCUUAACAUCUUGGAUGAAACAAGAUUCAAAGAUGAGCUGGCAGUUUUCGUGCGUGUCGGUGGUGAAGACAGCUUGAUUGAACAAGAGCACCGCCCUGCCCUGCUCCCUGUUCUUCUUCGCCUGUUGUAUGGUCGAAUGAUCUCCAAGGCCGGCGCAAGCGCGAACCAGGCUGGUCAGGCUGGCAGACGUAAGGCUAUUCUGCGUGCCCUUUCGCAUCUCUCUGAGGAGGAGUUCGGACUCUUCAUGCACCUCUCGUUCGGUCCUCUUGCGGAAGUGCAAGUUGUUCAGGACGGCAAAACGAAUGACAAGGCCUUUUCGGAAGAGUUGACAAGCCCGAGAAGACAGCUUGGUUUGCUCAAGAUGAUUGAUACUGUCUUUGACACCCUUCAGAGUCGCAUGGCUCCCUACUCUGUGCAAACCAUGAACGUUAUCAUUCACUGUUUGGUACGAGCUUGUAGAGCUCUGAACGAUGAGAGCAGUCUUGACGAACGCCUUCUGGGUGUUUUCCAAACGAUUCGCCAGACAGCUAUCCGCUGUUUGAACUUGGUCUUUUCUGUCACCUCGGAUCGUGAUUGGACCCCAUACGUCCAAAUCAUCUUCGAUGAAGUGAUCAACAACAGACUCGACCAAUUCCCCAUCGAGACCGCUCAAGGUGUGUCCGGUCUGCUUCGUUUGUUCCACACUUGGGCAUCCUCUGCGAGAUCCACCGGGUAUCUUGUGCAGCACAACAAAGAAGUGCUGAACAAGGUCAUUGAUUGUCUCAGCGUUGAAUCAGCGCGUGAUGAGGUCAAGAUCUUUGUUUUGGACGAGAUUCUUGUGCCAUUGGUUCGCUUGGCUAGCGGCAAAAAGCUUGAAGAGGACGAAGAAAUGCCUGACAUCUCGGCUGAGCAAAUUCGCUCCGAGGUUCUUUCGCCCUACCUGGAGCAUGCUCUUUCUCAUCUUGGCCGUCUUCUGAAGAGAGGCCCGUCAAAGCCUGUGCUAUUCUCAGGCGUAACUGCCCUGUCUCUAAUCGCGCCCUGCGUUGAGUCUUCUGGUGAAACGUCGAGCCUGAUCAGUAUCGCGACAUACCUGCUUCGCCAGCCCCCAGACCGUGUCAACCCCAAGACCAAGUCCGGUCUUCUCAAGAUUUUGGAGCACUUCCUGCCCCUCUACGAUCCCAAGGAGGAUGUGGUUCUUUCUCAACAGGUCUUCGAGGCUGCCUCUUCUCUUUUCGAUUACUUCAAGGAUGACACGAACCGAGAAGUGCUCUCUAGAGUUUUCGUGGCUCUUGCUGCCCACGAUGAGAAUAUGCAGGAAGUGGCUGCCUUGUGUGCUGAUCUGAAUUCCCGCUCAAUGAAGAGACUUGAGCCGGAUUAUGAACGGCGUCUGCAAGCCUUUAGAAAGAUCAGUGACGACCUCUCCCAAACCUUGAACGCCAAGCAAUGGCGACCUAUUCUGUACAACAUGCUCUUCUAUCUUAGAAAUGAGGAAGAGCUAGCCAUCAGAUCCAGCGCUGCCUUUGGCCUGAAGAGAUUCGUUGACAAGGCCGCUGCCGAGACCGAUGUGGAAGAUUUCGAGGCUCUUGUGAAUAGUGUCUUGGUUCCCUCACUGCAGUACGGCCUUCGCCAAAAGUCCGAAUUGAUUCGUUCUGAGGUUGUCUCUGUUUUGGGUUACUUUGUCAAGCUGAACCCCACCCGAGCUUCUGUGCAGGAUAUGAAUGUUCUCCUGGUUGGCGAUGAUGAGGAGGCAUCUUUCUUCACCAACAUCCUUCACAUCCAGCAGCACCGUCGUCUGCGUGCCCUCCGUCGUUUGGCUAGUGAAGCCAGCAAAGGAAACCUCAAGUCCGAAAACCUGAGCAAGAUUUUCCUGCCCCUUAUCGAACAUUUCGCCUUUGAAGAGGCCUCUGAUGAGAAUGGCCACAAUUUGAUUGCCGAAGCCGUCGCUACCAUUGGCUCUCUAGCGGAGUGGCUAGACUGGAAUCAAUUCCGUGCCAACUUCCGGAGAUACCGUGGAUACAUGCAGAGUAAGCCUGAGAUGGAGAAAAACAUUCUCAGACUUUUGGGUCGGAUGUCGGAUGCUCUGUCUACUGCAAUGAAUCAGAAGAAGGGACCAGAAGUCGAGGCCAGCGGCGAUGCCGAUGCCGCGGCCGUGGCUGAUACUGAUGUCGACGUUGAUGCGAUGGAGGUUUCGGAGCUACCAAAGUGCACACUUGCCAAAACUACGCCCUCUCUUGCUCAAGUCUCGAAGGAAUUGAUUGCCAAUUUCAUUCCAUUCUUGACUGAAUUCCUUCAUCACAAGAACCAGGCGGAAAUGAGUUUGCGUUUGCCCGCUGCCGUCACUACAAUCAAGCUCCUCAAGAUUCUUCCCGAGCAGGACAUGGCUAUUCGUCUCCCGCCUGUUCUUCUGGAUGUUUGCAGCACCUUGAAGAGUAAGGCGCAGGAUUCCAGAGACACUGCCCGGAAGACACUGAACGACAUCGCGCUGUUGUUAGGUCCUUCCUACUUCAAUUAUAUCUUGAAAGAAUUGCGGAAUACGCUCCUACGUGGCUACCAACUUCACGUCCUGUCAUUCACCGUUCACUCCAUGCUUGUGUUUACUACCGAUCAAUUUAAACAAGGUGACUUGGACUACUGUCUGACAGAACUUGUCGCAAUUGUCAUGGACGAUAUCUUCGGUACCGUCGGACAGGAGAAAGAAGCUGAAGACUACGUCAGCAAGAUGGUGGAAGUAAAGAGCAGCAAGAGUUACGAUUCCAUGGAGCUCCUUGCUAAGAAUGCAACCAUUCGUAAUCUUUCGAACCUCGUUCGACCUCUCCAGGCCCUGCUGCGUGAGAAGCUCAAUUCCAACAUCGUCCGGAAAAUUGACGAAUUGAUGCGAAGAAUUGGCAUUGGUCUUCUGAGAAACCCUGGUGCUGAGAGUCGUGAUCUGUUGAUGUUCUGUUACGAAGUCAUCAAGGAAUCCUACCAGGAAAACGUCACUGCUGGAAAAGAAGCUACCCCCAAAUCCUAUGCCGAAGAGCGGUUCUUGGUUAGAUUGCAAGGAGCCAAGCGCGGUGAAAAACGUGGUACCACUUCUUCUCACAAGCACAAGCUGACAAGAUUCUCUCUUGAUGUCCUCCGUGCUAUUCUCAACAAGUUUAGCUCCCUUUCAACGGCCGCAAACUUGACCGGAUUUCUACCUAUCAUUGGUGACUCCCUGGUUCAAUCCCACGAGGAGGUAAAGAUCGCCGCCCUUCGACUCUUGUCUACCAUCAUCAAGCUUCCGAUCCCAGAGCUUGACGAGAACUCGCACGUCUAUCUCACGGAGGCUGUGAAGUUGAUCAAGGAGUCCCCAAGUACCAACUCUGAGGGAUCGCAAGCGUCGCUGAAAUUGAUUUCUGCCAUGAUCCGUGAGCGAAAGAGCACCAAACUUCGUGAUGGUCAUCUCGCCUACUUGCUCAAGCGUCUGACAGCUGAUAUUGAAGAGCCUGACCGGCAAGGUAUUACGUUCAACUUCAUUCGUGCCGUCAUGUCCCGCAAGUUUGUUGUGCCAGAGAUGUACGAGCUCGUGGAUCAGAUUGCAAGCAUGAUGGUCACAAACCAGACUCGCACCGCACGAGAUCUCGCCCGGGGUGUCUAUGUCCACUUCCUGAUUGAGUACCCGCAAGCCAAGAACCGGUGGACCAAGCAGCUUGGCUUCCUUGCCAAGAAUUUGGACUACAAGCACCAAGAAGGACGUCAGUCUGUCUUGGAAGCAAUCCACACUCUACUUUCUAAAACUGGUCCAGAGAUGGCCCAAGACAUUAUUAGCACUUUCUUCCUGCCAAUCGUCCUCGCCAUGGCCAAUGACGAUUCACCCGAGUGCCGUGAGAUGGCUGGCGCGUUGCUGGCACAGUUCUACAGCCGCGCUGACCGAGAACAGAUGAAGACCAUCCUGACACCUUUGCACUCGUGGCUAGACCAGACCGAGAAUAUGGCCCUGGGUAGCAUUGGCUUGCAAGCUAUGCGAAUCUUCUUUGAGUCCGAGGAUACAGAGAAGGACAAGGAAGCUCGGUUUGUCAUUGGCAUUCUUCCCGGUUUGAUGCAGCCAAUCAUCCAGGAUCACGAAAACGGAAAUUGGGAAACCCUUUACUUCGCUCUGCAGCUAUUCACCAAGCUCUGCAAGACUGUUCCCUCACUUGCAUUGGGUCCCCAAUGUGCCCCUAUCUGGGCGGCCAUCCAAGAAUCACUGUUCUUCCCUCACGCCUGGGUCAAGACCUGCGCUACCAACCUUGUUGGUAUGUGGAUGGCUGACCUGGCCAAGACGCACGCCACCGAAGGAUACAGCGCCAUUCCACUGGUAGGAAGUUCUGGUCUUGCUCUGGACAAGGAGGCAAUGAUCAAACUCCUUCGUGCCAGUGUGCGCUGCCUUCGCACCCCAGGUGUCAUGGAAGAGCUGGCCAUGCAGAGCGUCCGCAACCUCGUUUUCCUUGGUCGGUGCGUGGCACAGAAUCGUCUGGAACUGCAGAAGGCUGGAUCUGAGGAUGUCGAGUCCGCCGAUGAAGACGAAGAUGCCGACAGUGAAGUUGAUGGCGAGGCGGAGACCGAGAAAGAAACCAAAGAGGCACCUGUCCGGUCCGCCAUUGGAUACCUUUUCAAGCAAAUCUCUUCUCUACUGCGCCGCGAGGUCAUUUCAACCCGACCAGAAGCUCUUAUUCCCAAGACCGCUUCCAUCGCUCUCCUCGCCGCUCUGGUCCGUCAUAUUGAGGCCGACCAGAUCGAGCCGUCUAUCUCUGUCAUCCUUCUACCGCUGCAGCAUAUGACCGAUUCCUCCAUCCCUGCACCACGAUCUCGCGACGAGACCUUCCAAAACACAUACAAGGGUCUUGUCUCGAAUUGUCACGAGGUCCUUGAUUCUCUUCAGAAGAAGCUAGGUUCGUCCGAGUACAUCGCGCACAUGGCCAAGGUUCAAGAGAACAUUAGACAACGUCGUGAAGGACGACGAGUUAAGCGCCGCAUUGAGGCUGUUCAGGAGCCAGAACGGUAUGAGAAGGACAAGAGGAGAAGAAAUGACCGCAAGAAGGAGAAGCGGAAGGAGAAGGGUCUCGAGCAUCGGGGCAAGAGACGUGGUUGGUAG